CGGCUGUAUUUUUUUGUGACGUGCUAAAACUGCGAAAGUCUGACUAUAGUCAACGGAUACACAGGUGGUUUAUUCAUCGAACUGACAGAAAAGAAAACCCAUCAAGAGGAAAAAAUGGAUUCGGACAGCAACAGCUACGGAUUCGAAAAAAGGCUAGAAAUUUUUCAAAAAUUUCUAGAAACAUGUACGAAUACCUUUCGUCUCAAUAAAGAGCAUGUGAAUGAAAAGGUGUGGCUAAAAGUACAAAAGGAUAUUGUACAUGUAAACACCGAAUCAGGUGCUAAUUAUCAAUUAGCAAAUAUUGAAUUCGAUCCCGAGGAAUGGAAACUGAUAAAAAGAGUGAUUAUAACAGAAACUGUAGGGGAACAAGGUAUAGAGAUGCCAAGGACGGAAAUCCAACAAGAAAAUGCAGAGAACAUUUCUGAGGAGAUAGGAAUGGAACUCCUAAGUGACGAAGUGAAUGACAAGGAAGAGGUGAAUCAAAAGGAUGUGACAGAUGUUAAGAGUGAUGGCAAAUUAGAUCGAUCAAAAGAUGGGAAGAAAGAUGAUGUUCAGAGCAUGGGAGUGAUUAAAAGCACAGUUAAUACCUUGUGCACAACUGUCAGUAACAUGAUGAGUUGUUGGAAAGAGCAUGUUGUUUCUACUGGAAAUGCGAUUAGCAAUAUAGAAGCGACAAAUAAGGAAAAUGACGCGAAGCUUUCCAAACUAGAAGACAGUGUUAGAACUCUUACUGAAUUGUUGAAAACAAUCAGGCAAGAAAAGACUGGUAAGAAAAUUGACGAGGAAAGUCAAUCAUUAAGUAAAAAUAAAGCUGUAGAGUUUAACUCCGUUGUAUCUGGGGACGAGAGCAACUCUGUAGAUGAGAAAAUAGCUCUGGCCGUAAGAAAAGAGUUAGAAAAAUUAAACGCUAAAUCAACUAGCGGUACAACAAAAUCCUUAGCAGAUGAAUUUAGAGACACAAUAAAAUUUGAAUUAGUCAGUAAAGAAUCGGGAGUUAAAAGAGAUUAUAAACUGACUUCUCACAUGAAGUUAGAACAUAUUUAUGAUUAUUUUUCGUCAGAAUUGAGAAUGCAUGAUUUGUUGUAUGUAGUUGAUACAAAGUCUGUGUUACUAGCCGGGGCCUAA